AUGGUGGGGGCACGUCAAACAUUCUACAUAACAAUAAAACAAGUUUUAGCAGCAAGCCACGGCAGUGAAGAUGGAGGACAUAUUGAUCCUGCAGUAGACUUCCGAGGAAAUCCCGUGGACAAGUCCAGAACUGGAGGAUGGAUUGCUGCAGGGCUCAUUUUGGGGACUGAACUUUCAGAAAGAAUAUGCGUCAUGGGCAUAUCAAUGAAUUUAGUGACAUACCUAGUAGGAGAUUUGCAUAUUUCAUCAGCAAAAUCUGCAACCAUAGUCACCAACUUCAUGGGUACUCUCAACCUUCUUGGCCUCCUUGGAGGUUUCUUGGCAGAUGCUAAGCUUGGUCGGUACUUGACAGUUGCUAUCUUUGCAUCCAUAACUGCUUUGGGGGUCAGUCUACUAGCAGCGGCCACAACCAUUCCUAGCAUGAUACCCCCAGCGUGCGAUGACUUCAGGAAACAAUAUCAUCAGUGUGUCGAGGCCAGUGGAAGUCAACUGGCUCUACUAUAUGCAGCUCUUUAUACUACAGCACUUGGUGGGGGUGGAAUUAAGUCCAAUGUCUCAGGUUUUGGAUCUGAUCAGUUCGAUCAAACAGAUCCCAAGGAGGAGAAGGCGAUGAUUUUCUUCUUCAAUAGGUUCUAUUUUUUCAUUAGCAUUGGGUCAUUGUUUGCAGUUAUAGUGCUGGUAUACAUCCAAGAUAAUGUGGGAAGAGGGUGGGGAUAUGGAAUUUCAGCAGGGACAAUGGUGAUCGCAGUAGCAGUAUUGCUCUGUGGGACACCAUGGUACCGUUUGAAGAAGCCUCGAGGUAGUCCAUUAACUAUCAUAUGGAGGGUAGCAUACUUGGCAUGGAAGAAGAGGAGUCAUCCUUAUCCUUCUCAUCCCAGCCUUCUGAAUGGUUAUGACAGCGCCACGGUUCCCCACACGGAGAAAUUCAAGUGUCUCGACAAGGCUGCGAUUAUGGAUGAUCCCACCUCCAUCAGUGUGCUAAAAAAUGACCCUUGGAUAGUAUCAACUGUUAUGGAAGUUGAAGAGGUGAAGAUGGUAAUAAAGCUCAUCCCAAUUUGGUCUACAUGCAUCCUCUUUUGGACAGUCUACUCUCAAAUGACUACUUUCACCAUUGAGCAAGCGACCUUCAUGAACCGAAAAGUUGGAUCCCUAGUUAUUCCAUCAGGUUCAUACUCCACCUUUCUCUUUAUAACCAUCCUCCUCUUUACAUCCCUAAAUGAAAGACUCUUCGUUCCCCUGGCUCGAAAGCUCACCCACAAUGCACAGGGACUGACAAGCCUUCAAAGGAUUGGAAUUGGACUCCUUCUUUCAAUAGUAGCUAUGGUGGCUGCUGCUAUCAUUGAGAAAGAAAGAAGGGAAAUUGCUAUUCAACAAAAUACAAAAAUAAGUGCCUUUUGGCUUGUCCCCCAAUAUUUCCUAGUGGGUGCAGGGGAGGCUUUUGUUUACGUGGGACAACUUGAGUUUUUCAUCAGAGAGGCACCAGCAAGGAUGAAAUCGAUGAGCACUGGGCUUUUCCUUAGCACCAUCUCAAUGGGUUUCUUCAUUAGCAGUUUGUUGGUGUCUUUAGUUGACAAGGCUACCAAGAAAAUCUGGCUCAGGAGCAACUUGAAUAAAGGGAAGUUAAAUAACUUCUACUGGAUGCUUGCAGUACUGGGAGUGUUGAACUUCUUCAUUUUCCUAGUUUUUGCAAGGGGACAUCAGUACAAAAUCCAGCAGUAUAUCAAGCCCCAGAACUCUGACGAGAAAGAGAUUAAAACUGGAAAUGAUUCUGUUUUAGAGAUGGUGAAGGAGGAUGGAAUGAUUUAA